AUGGGACGAAAAUUCAAGUCGAACAAGGUCCUGCGGCGCCUUGCGCGUAUGUUCAAGCGCAAGCGUCAUCACUCAAAGCUGAAUGGUCCAGACGACUGUACCCAGCUACAGGCGGGACCAUCCUUCCCCCUGGAGAUCUUCGAGCUCAUCAUCGACUUUGUGUGGCCCGAUCGUCAAGCCUUGUUUGCAUGCUCCCUGACAUGCAAGGCAUGGCUGCACAGGAGUCGACACAAUCUCUUCUACAGUAUUCAGCUACGUCGCCAGGAGCACCUCACUCAAUUGUCGAGUAUGGUGGAGGCAGAACCACGCCUCGGUAGGAUAGUCAGGGAGCUGUUUGUGGUUCCCUAUCACAUGCAAUCGCAGCUCUUCGGGUCAUUUCCCUUCACCCUCGGAGGGCAGCUGCCGAAUGUGAAUCGUCUCCGCAUCGACAUCCGCCGCGACUACUACCCAUACGUACAUCCAGACUUCUUCUGUGCGUUCUCGCGGUUCUCCAGCAUCACCACCCUGGAAAUUCAUCGAAUCCAAUUUCCGACGUUUGGCGAUUACGUCAUGCUUGUUUGCGCACUACCGAGGCUUACCAGUCUUUCGUGUUGGAUGGUGGAUUGGUUGAAGAAGACGUAUGAUCCGGCGUUACUCAAGGAGCACGACGGUCGUCUUCCACUAAAUCAUCUCUCCAUGCGCCAAAUGAAUUGGUCAGCAGAGUUGGCUGACUUCCUACUUGCAAUCGCAUCCAUUGCCGAUCUUCAAAGCCUGUCGACUUACUUCCUUGGAUCGCAGGAGGUCGAGCACGUCAACAGGCUGCUGGAGACGGCGGGAUCAUCCCUUCGGCGGUUCGCAAUAGGCCUUCCGCCAUCAAGCGGUCUGCGAUCGCAAAACAAGCUCAUAUCACCGUGGGAUGGGCACUUGCCUCGCUUGGUGCACAAUACACGGUUGUCGACGCUACAGCUUGACUUUGAUGGCGGAAAUGACUGGGCCAGCGAAUUCCUGCCAUCGAUCUCCUCAUCCUUGAUUUCGGACGUGACCGUCCGUUGGCCCCCGCUCCCGAAACCGCUGAAGCUCAAACAUUAUCACUGCGACAAGAUUGACAUCGCACUGUGUUUACCCCAGUUUAAGAAGCUGGAAAGGGUCGUGUUCCAGGUUGUCGGGAACUUCGAUAUCGCCUUCGCGAGUGCUUGCCGCGUUGAGAUCCUCUCCCGAUUCCCGCUUCUUGCUGCGAGGAAUAUCGUGGAAGUUGAAAUCGUGACGGCGGAUGAUUCAUAG